AUGGGUUAUCGCGAGCCUGGACUCGAGGCCGCAUCAAAGUGUACAGCAGUUUGCGGAUUUCUUCCUCGGCCGACUGCUCGUCGUGACCGAGACCACUUAAUCGAAAGGUCGCGCAGAAUCCGCAAUGGCUACGAUCAUUCCAGGGCUUCACAGACGACUCCUCUGUCAAGCUCGCCGUGUUUAAUUGGCGGGGGCGACUGCACCAUCUGCUGGUGCUUUUGCUGGCGUGAGAAAGCGAAAGUUCAAGUCACAGGAAAAGGAUAUGCGCGAACCCACGCACAGGCAGCAGAGCGGACAGGUUGCCUGACAGGUGGCUGCUUUCUGUGUGCUUUCACACGUGCCCCAGCGCACAAGAUUAACACCAUUAGGCCUCGGCAACUGGGCGCUGGCCAGGGGCCGCAGCUCGAGCUUGAAGCAGCCCUCAAACGCACUCAGCCGAUGCUGCCGCAUCAUCAAAAAACGCCACUUCGCUUUGCCGCACCUGCGCCGGUUCCUACUUGUUUGAGGUUGCCUUCAAAACGAAACUACUUCCAACCCGGCGAAAAGCCUUUUCCCUGUGAAUUCGCUGGUUGCAACCGCCGUUUCGCGAACAGCUCUGACCGGAAGAAGCACAUGCACGCCCACUGGAAUGAGAAGCCGUACACGUGCCGCGUGCGCGGCUGCACCAAGACCUACUCCCACCCCAGUUCCCUCCGCAAGCACAUGCGGCUUCACCCGGCCGCGGAGUUGGCCACGGCGCGCCACGACGCCGCCGUCGUCGUCGCCGUCGACCACAACGCCUACCGCAAACUCUCGCCCACUGACUUGGCAUCGUCGAACCCGAAGUGCCAGCGACCUCGCCUCGAGCCGCAGUGGCUCGUGUACGGCGCCUCCAACGCAGGCGAGCUUAAACCACUUGACCACUUGGCCGAGGGAAGACAUUGCGCGCGAUACGAUGGCCCUCCAAGGUACAUCCAGUCCAAAGUGGAGGAGGACUACGACUUUCCGCGCACACCACCGACCUGCGCUGUCUCCGUCCACACACCCACAUUUCUCCGGCCUGUUCAAACGGCGAACAGUGGAACCACGACUGCCUCUUCUUCAGGCGAAUUUACACAUAAUCCCUACGUGGCAUGCAACGGCGUUGACUUUCUUCUCGACGCUGAAGACCCGGUGAAUGAAGUCGCCAAAUUCGGUGAAACCGCAAGUAGCCCAUGGUAUGUAUUUACAGAGAACGCGGUAGAAAGCGCAAUUCACAGAAUUUAA